AUGACGCAAUGGUCUACUGCCUCCUUCCAGAAGCCCUUAGAUAUGAUGUUUCAUGAUGAGGUAUAUGGUAUAUGGUUGUGGACUCAUUUCCACUUAAAGCUCAUCGUCAUUGUGCUAAAGUCCUGGCUAACUAUGCCAGCCUGCUCCCUGGCACAGAAGUCUCCUGGGACUCUUCGCAGGCUACACGGGGCCUUCGCUCCCGGGCAGCGAGGUACCUCACUGCCCCGAGGAUUUCAGCACGUUAGGAAGCCGCAGCCAAGCUCAUUCCAGGACUACGUGGGUGACUUAUUCCUCUGCGCUGAAACAGCUAAACAAGGGACUAUCCGUCGCGCCUAA